UCUCCUGCGUCUUCCUUCAUGCGUCCGCUGCUCCUGCCUCCCCCAAAACCGCGCGCGUGCACCUUGGUUCCCAGAGCAUUCCAUUCUCCGUAGUUUCUUGCCGCAUCGUAGGCGCGAUUGGCCUCAUCUCAUCUGAUAAGUUUUCUAGCGAUCGAUCGAGUGCUAGCCUAGCAGAGGCAUCGGUCGAAUGCGAUCGCAAGGUGGUGCCAGUCGUCGGAGCUGGCAAUGAACCGCGGAGGCGGGGGGCAUACAGAGUAACAGGGGCAGCGUAAAAGGGAGGACACAACGAACAUCUGGCUCUAAAUCGCGAGGAGAGAAGGGGCGUCCAACCGCUCGGCGAUGGCUACGGCAGCGACCGCUGUGGUCCCGGACGGUCGGCGGUGGAGCAAGGGUGCGGGCUCUUCGUCGCCGGUGACGACGGCCAUCUUUCUCUUCUUCUUCGUCGUCAUGAUCGGUGUCCUCGUGUCCGUCCGUUGGAUCACCACCACCACUCAUCUAUCAAUCACCAAUCUGGAUCAGUGGCACUCAAAGCCGGCAAUCCUGACCACGACGCAGACCACCUCCAUCCCGGCCAUCCCCGCCACACCGGCGCCGAAGCGCCCGACCUAUUCCAUCUCCUGUUCGGCACCGCCGCUCCCACGCGACCCGGACAUCCCCAGCAACAUCUCUCAGACCCUCUCCCUGGCGCUCUCUCCCAACUCCACCUCCACUUGCGCCGCCGUCCCCGACCCGCCGCCCCUCCCGGCCACCCCGCCGCCCGCCGCCAACGCCUCCUCCUGUCCCUCCUACUUCCGCUUCAUUCACGAGGACCUCCACCCAUGGCGCGCCGCGGGGGGCAUCACCCGCGCGAUGGUCGACCGCGCCCGCGCCACCGCCAACUUCCGCCUCGUCGUGAUCCGCGGCCGCGCCUACGUCGAGCGCAUCGCGCCGGCCUUCCAAACGCGCGACCUCUUCACCAUCUGGGGCAUCCUCCAGCUGCUCCGCCGCUACCCCGGCCGCGUGCCAGAUCUCGAUCUCAUGUUCGACUGCGUCGACUGGCCCGUCGUACACGCCAACCAAUACGAGGGGGAGAACGCCACCGUCAUGCCGCCGGUCUUCCGGUACUGCGGCGACAACGACACUCUCGACGUCGUCUUCCCGGACUGGUCCUUCUGGGGCUGGCCUGAGAUCAACAUAAAGCCAUGGGAUGCUCUGCAGAAGGAAUUGGACAGUGGCAACAAGAGAGUGAAAUGGUCGGAUAGAGAACCUUAUGCUUACUGGAAAGGGAAUCCAGAUGUUGCAGCUACAAGGCAAGAGCUGGUUAAGUGUAAUGUCUCCAGUAAGCAAGAAUGGAAUGCACGGAUUUACAAACAGGAUUGGAUCAAAGAGAUCAAGGCAGGAUACAAACAGUCUGAUUUGGCUAGUCAAUGCACCCACAGGUACAAGAUUUAUAUUGAAGGAUCAGCAUGGUCAGUCAGUGAGAAGUAUAUUCUAGCUUGCGAUUCGAUGACACUAGUGGUUACACCAAAAUACUAUGAUUUCUAUUCGCGGGUGCUGAUGCCCAUGCAGCAUUAUUGGCCAGUUCAGGAUGACAAUAAGUGUAGCUCCAUAAAGCACGCUGUUGAUUGGGGCAAUUCACACGAGCAAAAGGCACAAAGAAUAGGAAAGCAAGCAAGCAACUUCAUUCAACAAGAACUUAGUAUGGACUAUGUAUACGAUUACAUGUUUCACCUCUUAACUGAGUAUGCCAAGCUCCUAAGAUUCAAACCAACCAAACCACCUGAAGCUGUUGAGGUCUGUCCCGAAUCUUUGGCUUGCCAAGCUGUAGGCCGCGAGAAGAAGUUCAUGGAGGACUCCAUGGUGAGGUCUGCCAAGGAUGCUGGCCCAUGUGAUCUGCCUCCUCCUUUCAGCACCGAGGAAUUCAAAGCACUGCAGCGUAGGAAGGAUAAAUCAAUGAAGCAGAUCGAAACAUGGGAGCAAAAAGCUUCCAAGCCCGUGGAUAGCAAGCCCUGAGAGCUCCAUACUUUUCCCUCCCCCAAAGACAGCAUUUAAAAUGCAUGGUACAUACCAAUUUUUGUAGUGGUAACAAUCACAGGCAUUUCGUCUCUGAUCGAAUCAAAUGUGUAAGUCUAGAGAAGUUGCAGAUGGUUUUAGUUCUCUCGUAAUCUUUUUUCCUUGGUACUUGUUGAAGAAAUAAUUUCUUGUGAUCUUUAUGUUUCUACAAUCUGGUUUAGCUGUAGCAAUAGUACUUUGGUAAGCCUAUAAGAAAAUCUAAGAAC